GCAAAUCCCUAGGAAACACAGACUUUCUAACCUUACCUAUUGCACAGUGUACACCUACAUUCUCUCUCUCAUUUCUCUCCUCGUCCUCAUUCACAUUUUUUAUUUUUUCGUUGAUCAAUCUGUAGGUACCAUAUAAUUCAGAUAAUAUAAUUAGAUUACGUGAUAGUGUUAUUUCAGAACUAUGAGUAAUUCUAGAGGUAAUAUAUCUAGAAAACGACCACAAAAGCAUCAAAAUAAAACAGCAUUCAAAAAUGAUUUACAUGAUACAAGUCAUAAAACAAAAUUAUUAAAUUCAUUGGAAAUAACAGGAGUUUGCAAAAGAUGCAAGGAUAUAAUAGAUUGGAAAAUAAAAUACAAGAAAUACAAACCUUUGACAGCACCCAAGAAAUGCGUAGGAUGUGAUCAAAAAGUUAUUAAACAUGCAUACCAUUUAUUAUGUUGUAAAUGUGCUGCUGAGAAAAAUGUUUGUGCAAAGUGCUGUAAACCAUUUGAAAAUGAAGAGAAAGAAGAAGUUGAAUGCCCUACUGAUAUACAACAAAUGCUCAAGGGAAUUCCUGAAAGGAAGCGUCGUAGUGUGUUGAGGUACAUUAACAAACAAGGUGGAGAACAGAACAAAAUCACCACAGAUAUGAUGUUAUAUAUUGAAAAUAUAUUGGAAGGAGUAGAUAAGCUGCAAUUAGAAGAUGAUCUUGAUAAUUUUGAUUCUGAUGAUGGAGAAGAAACAUAAAAAUAUAUAUAAUUAUAACUAUUA